CCCGAGCUCCGGGCGGGCGGAGCUGCGGCGGCCGAGGCCAGCUGCUGGAAGAUCGGUCGGUGCAGAUCGCCGGAGCGGUGUGGAGCCACUUCGCCCACCUCCCUACGCCCGCUCUGGGCCUCUCGAGCCCCCUCGGCGCUCCCCGCAGUGGUGCUGCACAUGGUGAUGAGUUUCCGGGUGUCUGAGCUCCAGGUGCUCCUCGGCUUUGCUGGCCGGAACAAGAGUGGACGGAAACACGAGCUCCUGGCCAAGGCCCUGAACCUCCUCAAGUCCAGCUGUGAUCCCAGUGUCCAGAUGAAGAUCAAAGAGCUUUACCGUCGGCGCUUUCCCAGGAAGACCCUGGGGCCCUCUGAUCUCUCCAUGCUCUCUCUGCCCCCUGGCACCUCUCCUGUAGGCUCUCCUGGCCCCCUAGCUCCCAUUCCCCCAGCCCUCCUGGCCCCUGGCACCCUGCUGGGCCCCAAGCAUGAGGUGGACGUGCACCCCUCUCUUGCCCAGCCCGUGCACCCCGAUGUCACCAUGAAACCAUUGCCUUUCUAUGAAGUCUACGGGGAGCUCAUUCGACCUACCACCCUCGCAUCCACUUCUAGUCAGCGGUUUGAGGAAGCACACUUUACUUUCGCCCUCACCCCCCAGCAAGUACAGCAGAUUCUCACGUCCAGAGAGGUUCUUCCAGGAGCCAAAUGUGAUUAUACCAUACAGGUGCAGCUUAGGUUCUGUCUCUGUGAGACCAGCUGCCCCCAGGAGGAUUAUUUCCCCCCCAACCUCUUUGUCAAGGUCAAUGGGAAACUGUGCCCCCUGCCGGGUUACCUUCCCCCCACCAAGAAUGGGGCAGAGCCCAAGAGGCCCAGCCGCCCCAUCAACAUCACCCCCCUGGCUAGACUUUCGGCCACUGUUCCCAACACCAUCGUGGUCAACUGGUCAUCUGAGUUUGGACGGAAUUACUCCUUGUCUGUGUACCUGGUGAGGCAGUUGACUGCAGGGACCCUUCUACAAAAACUCAGAGCCAAGGGGAUCCGGAACCCGGACCACUCCCGGGCAUUGAUAAAGGAGAAGCUGACCGCUGACCCUGACAGUGAGGUGGCUACUACGAGUCUGCGGGUGUCACUCAUGUGCCCGCUAGGGAAGAUGCGCCUGACUGUCCCGUGUCGUGCCCUCACCUGCGCCCACCUGCAGAGCUUCGAUGCCGCCCUUUACCUACAGAUGAAUGAGAAGAAGCCAACGUGGACGUGUCCCGUGUGUGACAAGAAGGCACCCUACGAAUCUCUCAUUAUUGACGGUUUAUUCAUGGAGAUUCUUAAUUCCUGUUCGGACUGUGAUGAGAUACAGUUUAUGGAAGAUGGUUCCUGGUGCCCAAUGAAACCCAAAAAGGAGGCAUCUGAGGUUUGCCCCCCACCAGGGUAUGGGCUGGAUGGCCUCCAGUACAGCCCAGUCCAAGAAGGAAAUCCAUCAGAGAGUAAGAAGAAGGUUGAAGUUAUUGACUUGACAAUAGAAAGCUCUUCUGAUGAGGAGGAUCUACCUCCAACCAAGAAGCACUGUCCUGUUACCUCAGCUGUCAUCCCGGCCCUACCCGGAAGCAAAGGAGUCCUGACUUCUAGUCACCAGCCAUCCUCGGUGCUGCGGAGCCCUGCAGUGGGCACGCUGGGCGGCGACUUCCUGUCCAGUCUCCCACUACACGAGUACCCACCUGCCUUCCCCCUGGGGGCCGACAUCCAAGGUUUAGAUUUAUUUUCUUUUCUUCAGACUGAGAGUCAGCACUAUGGUCCUUCGGUCAUCACCUCGCUAGAUGAACAAGAUGCCCUUGGCCACUUCUUCCAGUACCGGGGGACCCCUUCCCACUUUCUGGGCCCCCUGGCCCCCACGUUGGGCAGCUCGCACCGCACCUCCACUCCAGCACCCCCCGCUGGGCGCGUCAGCAGCAUUGUGCCUCCUGGAGGGUCGUUGCGGGAGGGACCCCUGCCUUCUGGUCCCUCCUUGACUGGCUGUCGGUCAGACAUCAUUUCCCUAGACUGAAUUCCUUGGAUUGUGAAACCUUCACUGUCCCUCAGCACAGAGCAAGUGUGCUGUGGUGGUGCAGCCCCUGGCCACUCUGACCCCUAGGGGGGUUUUGGCCAAAGGCCCGACAGAUCUUCACGGAUACCACUUUUGGCCUGUCUACCAAGGCCAGCACCCAAAGGGUUAAUAUUUAACCUCUUUUUAAAGACACCGGGGUCUAUUUUUGGAAGUGUUCUUUGGAUGGCAGCACAUUCCUUUGGGUAUGUUUGUUAACUCAGGCAGUGGGGGGCCGACGGGAUGAGUUGGGGAGAUGGCCCGAAUCAUCAGCCUUCUCGCUGUCUAGAGUGGGAAAGGUUUCUCCUCUUGUCUCCAAGGUGCCCCUCUUCCUUCCCAUCCCCCAAACCCAACCGUCUGUUCUUUCCAUGUUUAUUCCAUUCCCUUUAGCCACACAGACAGGUGGUAAAACCAAGACAGCAGUUUCAGAGAUAGACAGAGAUCUCUAUUUUGGGUUGAAGAUUUUUUUGUACAUAAAUGAGAAAAACCAAAACACUCCAAAGAUGACUUCCCUUGCCUCCUACUUCCCAGUAUGACUGAGAAGAUAAGGCCUUAGUCGUGAUCUCCAGGGGUCUGGAAGCAGGGAGGGCCUGGUCUAUUGCCCAGGUCUCUCUCUAUUUAUAUAUAUUUAAGUUCACAAUGUUUCUUAAUGCCAAUCGGCCCAGGGCCUAAGCUUCCAGAGACCCAUGGCCUGGUGGGUAGGCCUGGCUCUUUCUGCACCUUCCCUGGGUGGUUGGAGGAGCGUGUGCCCUCCUUCCAGUCUUUGUUUUUUCAGGCUCCUCUGGGGCCUAGGACUUGGUUGUAAUUUUACUUUUUAUUCCCAAAGUUGUAGCAAAGUUCUCACCCACAAUAAAGGUUGUGAAUGUUCAU